AUGUCCAACAGCAGCUCCCUCAACGAGUUCCUCCUCCUGCCAUUUGCGGACACACCAGAGCUGCAGCUCUUGCACUUCUGGCUCUUCCUGGGCAUCUACCUGGCUACCCUCCUGGGCAACAGCCUCAUCAUCACAGCCGUAGCCUGCGACCACCAUCUCCACACCCCCAUGUACUUCUUCCUCCUCAACCUCGCCCUCCUCGACCUUGGCUCCAUCUCCACCACUGUCCCCAAAUCCAUGGCCAAUUCCCUCUGGAACACCAGGGCCAUUUCCUAUUCAGGAUGUGCUGCUCAAGUGUUUAUGUUUGUCUUUUUGCUUGGAGGAGAAUUUUCUCUUCUCACUGUUAUGGCCUAUGACCGCUACAUUGCCAUUUGCAGACCCCUGCACUAUGGGAAACUCAUGGGCACCAGAGCUUGUGUCAAAAUGGCAGCAGCUGCCUGGUGCUGCAGUUUUCUCAAUGCUCUCCUGCACACAGCUAACACAUUUUCACUACCUCUCUGCCAAGGCAACACAGUGGACCAGUUCUUCUGUGAAAUCCCCCAGAUCCUCAAGCUCUCCUGUGCAGACUCCUACCUCAGGGAAGUUGAGGCUCUUGUGGUUAGUCUUUGUUUAGUCUUUGGAUGCUUUGUUUUCAUUGUGCUAUCGUAUGUGCAGAUCUUCACUGCUGUGCUGAGGAUCCCCUCCGAGCAGGGCCAACACAAAGCCUUCUCCAUGUGCCUCCCUCACCUGGCCGUGGUCUCCCUCUUUGUCAGCACUACAGCAUUUGUCUACCUGAAGCCCUCCUCCAUCUCCUCCCCGUCUCUGGAUCUGGUGGUGGCUGUUCUGUACUCAGUGGUACCUCCAACACUGAACCCGCUCAUCUACAGCAUGAGGAACAAGGAGCUCCAGGAUGCCCUGAGGAAUGUGAUCUCAUGGACAUUUUUCAGCAGUAGUAAAAUUCCCUUUGCUCUCCACAAAUGA